UAAUUCCUUUCACCCCCUCAUUGCCACCCCCACCCCCCCCUACCAGCUGUUGCUAGCUGUCUCUAAUCCCUCCCAUGUGACCCCUCCGAAGGCCUAUGGUCCUUAGAAAAGUCACCACAAUUCAUGAUAAAAGAGAUCAGAGAUGUGUAUCAGCAACAAAUGCUGCUUGCUUUGAUUUGUCAAUGAACAUGUUGUCGUUGUUGCCCAUGCUAUGUUCUGGUUCUCAACACCUUCAAUGUCUCCAAGUGUUCUCCGGAUUCCAAGAUUUCGAUAAAGGUUAUGGUUUUGUGUUUUGCUGGGGUUAGCUUGUUGCUCUAAUUAAGUCAAUUUCCCCUAUCAUAUAUAGCACACUUUUUUCGCUGUCUGUUUUUGUUGUUUUGGUUCGUCUUGAAUCUCUAUCUCUCUCCCUCUCAAAAUAAUUGCACAUAUACUUCGCUAUCUGUUUUAUUACUUUGUUUGGUGUUUAUACUUUAUAUGGCACAAUUACCGCCCAAGAUACCAACCAUGGCUCAAAAUUGGCAUUCUUCUUCUCACCAAAGAAUGCCCAUUUCCACCGCAAAUUUCGUUCCCACCAGCAAUAUUAAUACUUCCACUUCCAUGGCCACCGCCACCGCCACCGCCCAACAACAACAACCCUCUUGGGUGGAUGAGUUCCUUGACUUCUCAUCCUCCCGGCGCGGUGCCCACCGCCGCUCCAUGAGCGACUCCAUAGCCUUCCUCGAGGCGCCAUUCAUCGAGGAAUGCCGGAAUAUCAAUCCUACCAACGGCACCUCGCUGAUGCAUGGCGCCAGCGGCUUCGACCGCUUGGACGACGAGCAGCUCAUGUCAAUGUUCUCCGACGACAUCUCCGUCCCGCUGCCGCCCACUGUAUCUUCCUCCAACGCCUCCACGCCGUCCGACCACAACAGCAUUGACGAAGAGAAUAAGGCAAUAAUGCCGCUGGACCAACAACUCAAAAGUGAACCGGGCGAGGUAGAAAGCUCAUGCAAACCCGAGCAACAAGCGCCACGAACCUCCGCCAUCCCCACCGGAGACUCCGUCUUCGAUCCUAAGAGGGUCAAAAGAAUCUUGGCAAAUCGGCAAUCAGCGCAGAGGUCAAGAGUGAGGAAACUACAGUAUAUUUCGGAGCUUGAACGGAGCGUGACAACAUUACAGACGGAAGUAUCAGCAUUGUCACCAAGGGUUGCAUUCUUGGACCACCAAAGGUUGAUACUUAAUGUUGAUAAUAGCGCUCUCAAGCAACGGAUUGCUGCUUUGGCUCAAGAUAAGAUUUUCAAAGAUGCUCAUCAAGAGGCAUUAAAGAAGGAAAUAGAGAGAUUAAGGCAAAUCUAUCACCAACAGAACCUAAAGAAGAUGAGCAGCCCAGGCAAUCAAAAUGCAGCAGGAGCAGCAUCACAAGCACAGCAGCCCCCAAGUUCUGAUACCUUGGGAUGUACGGCCAAUUAGGAGCAGCUCGCUUCUGAUCAUCAGGGUGAGAGGCUGGGGGUCGGGUGGGUGCAUGCAUUCUGCUCACCACGUGAUGUGUUCCCACUUGUUGGCUGACAUGGGGCCCCUCCAACCAAGCUUUUUUUUUGGGUGGGAUUUUAGAGGCCAGACUGGUGUUGACACGUUGACUGCUUAGAUUGGGUGGUGAAAACAACUUGUUUUUCUUUUCCAAUUUAUUUGGGGAUUUGGGGGUACUUGGAGACUGGAGUUGGGUUAUUUAUUUAUUUAUUUGUUUAUUGUUGUUUUCGUGAUUACAAUUUUCUUUUCUCAUCUCUAACUUUUUAGUUGUUUAUUUUGGUGGUGGGGGGAGGGAGGAGGAGGGUGGCAAAUGAUGGUGUGUUUUUGUUUGGUGGGGUUGCAUUGGGAUACAAUAAAGAUGUCAGGGCUGAGGGGCUGUUAAUGCCUGAUUGUUGUAUCUUUUUCUGUGCUUUUCUAUCCCUUUGGCCUAAUAAUGUGCUAUGACUUUUGUUUAUUUAUUUUAGUUUUUUUUUUCCUGUAAGAAUGUAAAUAUAUUGACUUUUGAGAAAGAUUUUGGGAUUAAGCUAAAGAAUCCCAAUGGAUCCGUUUCGUUGCUUCCA